AGUUGCUCGAUGGUGGAACCACCUCCUAGCAAACCUGCAGUAGGAGGUGAAGAAGAUUGUGAUGAGUUCAUGAAAUGGUUUUACACUGGCAUGGGACUUGGAUUUGCUGUGGGUUUCUGGGGGUUUUGCAGUGUUGUGCUCUUCAAGCGUUCAUGGAGGCAUUCAUAUUAUCGUUACCUGGAUAAUGCAAAGGAUUGGGUUUAUGUUUCAUUUGUUCUGCUGAAAGCAAGGUUAGUGAGGAGAACCAAAGCUCUUCCAACAAGUUGCACAAGGUCUGAUUAGAACUGCAACUGAAGGUGAUUUUUCCUGCACCUGAGAAAAUCUUAAUAAAAAAAGUUUAUAAAGUAAUACAUGUUUGUCUUUUUGAUGAUUUCUAAUUUCUAUAUAUUAAGAAAUUUGUGAUGGCUUUCUUUGAUUCUCUUGUAAUAUGUU